AUGUUGAAACUACAAAAACUCAUUAUUGACAGUAGAUUAGUGGCGAUAUCUUUGUCUGAAUAUGGUGAAGAUCUUGGUAUAUAUGUACGUGGAAUUAAUCCAGGAAGUGGAGCUAGUCAAGCAAAACCAAUUCAUGAUAAUAUUAAUAAUGAAACAAAUCCAUUACAAUUUGAUAAAUGUUUGUUUACUUCACAAUAUUUGCAAAUUGGUGAUAGAUUAAUAUCAGUGUUAAUUCUAUCGAAGCGUCGAAUAAAUGGUCAAUUAAUCACUGGAUUAACACAAGAUGAUGCAUUAAAACUAGUGUCAUCUACCACAGAUGAAGUGAUAUUAACUGUAAUACGUUAUACUAAACAAGACACAGAGUACAGUACAUCAUUAAUUAUAACAGCGACAAAAUCACAGUUAACUUCAAUGGCUGAUUCCGAGAGUAAAGUGUCUGAUUUACAAUGUAUUGAUUGUUUCUUACAUGAAUCUUUGUUAUCAAAUUAUAAAGAGUUUGUAAAAUGUGAUGAUAGUCUUGGUGAUAUUGAUAAUGAACAAUUAUUAAACGUAUCCAUCAAUCAGCAUAAUACAACACUGAAAAUACUUAGUGAAAUAAUAAAUUGUCUUCAUUCAGCUUAUGUGAACCCAGCUUUCAUUGUUCAAUUAUUUGCACAUUUAUUACAUCGUUUAAAUGCACGACUAUUCAAUUUUAUUAUUGGCUAUGAUUGUGAAAAAAAUAAAUUAAUUAAUAAUUCCACUCACAUUUCACCUAUAUGGGGUAAAUGCUUACAUGAUUGGAUUCAUUUAUGUUUAAGUGAUUGGGCUAGUGCACAUGGGUUAAGUUUAGCUACGGAAUGUUACUUACAAAGAAUAAGUCAGGAUUCAACGCUAAGAUCGUUUACUCAGUCAAAAAACGAUACUAAAAAUAAUAAUAAUUCAAGUGUUACACAAUUAAAACACCUUCAGUUACCAAAACCAUCAUGUAUCAAUAACGCUUCUUCUCAUACCCCUCCUAAUGUUCACAUUGAUAUGAAAUUAAGCAUCGACACGAAUUGCUCCAAUAUUCGUAACAUUAUUCAUUCAGAUUACAAUAGAAAAUUGAAAUAUCAAAGUAAUACUAUUCGUCAAAUUAUUAAUAAUAGUAAUGGUGAUAAAAUUUCAGAUAGUUUCCCUAAUCCGCCAAAUGAUUAUAAUUUAUUGUACAAAAAUCGUUCAGUACCCACUUGUACCAGUAAUAAUAAUAUUUAUGAUGAACCAUCCAUAUCAGAAUAUAAUUUGUGUAAUGAAAGUUUUUUAUCAGCAUCCAAACCAGAAAAAUCUGGAAUGGGGAAAUUAUCUCCCCAUACUACAUUUUAUCAACAUCAUCAUAAGACUAACAUUACUAAUCAUGGUAAAUUUGAACAAAAUGCUCUCCUUACAAGACCAUGUCAUCGACCUACAGAACAAUCAAACAGUUUCGAUGAUCGUUUAACUAUACCUUGGUUUACUCAACUGAGUGAGGUUAUGACAACAAGUCCAGUAACAUCCAAUGAUACUCAAUCAAUUCUUCAUAAAGAAUCAAUAUCUUCAAGACUGCUGGUUAAUUCAAGUUCAGCCCACUCUCCAUCGACCACUUUAUCUGUUUACUCGUCAGCAAACCAAUCUUCUAUGGUUUUAAUAGAUCCUUUUACUUUGAAUGAAUUCAUUCAUACUUCAUCUCUAUCAUCAUCAACCUACAAAUCAGGAUCGACGAAUUGUUUAGAGAAAAAAACCGCCUUAUUUAUUCAAAAUUGGAUACACAAUUGA